GCCGCCGCCCGCCAGCACCACAACAUUCGAAAACGUUGAGGUUGAAACAAACUUUGUGUGUGUGUUUUAAUGUUGGAUUUACGGAUUUAACACCCGGGAAAAUGCGACAAUAAGUGAGAUUCUGUGGCAGAUUUUUUCUUCUAGUGUGACCUGCGAGGUACCAAGUGACUCAUCAUGGCUCCAGCCCAAAGACGAGGGCAGUCAACCCCCACACCAAAGGGAGUAAUGUCUCCUGUUCUUCAGAGGAAGGUUUUAUCCCAGCUGAGGUCCAAUGGAAGAACACCUCAGUCUCUUGCCAAAAAAAUAGAGGCAGAUCUGAUUACAGGAACCCCAUCAUCACCUAUUAUAGGUCGCAGGAAGCCUCUAGCUUCAAGAGUGGAACAGCAAAAUAAAGAAAACAAAAAUGUUAUAAAAGAAAAAAAUGCUGUACAGAAUCCUUUAUCAUCCCCCUUGAUGGAGAAGAAUAAUAUUAUGCAUUUUAGUACUGUUGGCAAGAAACCAAAUGCUGUAACACAAAGCCAGGCUAAAAGGAAGCUAGAAAGCAGCAAAGAUGUAGAUAAGGAGAACGUUACUGAAGCUCCAGUAAGGAAAUCCACACGAGGGAAGAAAAUACAGGGCUCCCAUGUAGAGAAACCGGAGAAAAAAGAUAACAAGAGCAAGGAGCAAAAUAUGACAGAAGGCAUAAAGACUGUAACUAAAAGAAGAGGAAGAAAAGAAGUGCUAAAGGAUUCUCCGCCUGCUUCAGCCACAGAUAAAAUUGCAGAUCAGAUCCCCGAACCAGAUAAGGAAAAUAUAAAUUCGGAGCCUUCAGCUCGACGUUCCACCAGGACUAGAGCAAUGCAAGAAAAAUCAUCAGAAAACAAAACUGUUCCCAAAAUUAACAAAGAAAAUAAAGGUAAGACUAGAGGCCCUAGGAGUAGUGGAAAAAGGGCAAAGUCUGCAGUUGAGGAAACUGAUCAUGGGAAUAAAGAAGAGAUUGUUGUUCAAACUCUAGUAAAAAGAUCUAGUGCCAGAAAGGCAAAGCCUGAUGAAAAAUCAGAUGCAAACAAAGUCUCCCCCAGUACCUCAGAAGAAAGUGUCAACAAACUUGGAAGUAAAACAGUAACCAAAGGUACAGAUACAGCAGUUAAAAAAGGUAAACUUCGACAGAAUAUUGAUGAAAGCAGAACACAAGAAGAUGAAGUAUCGCCAGUGAAUAAAAGAGCAAAAGGAAGAAAGCUUCAGCCAGGAAAAAAUGUUUCUUCCCCUCCAGUAAAGGGUAAGAAACCCCUUUCAGAAACACCCUCCCAGUCCAAGAAAAUUACUAGAAUCACGAAGGAACCUUCGGGAACUUCACCCAGCAUUCCGGCUGGAAAAGCAGCAGAAUCUCCAAAUGAAUCGUCAAUAUCAAGCAAACCCAAAUUGCCUAUCUGGAAUACUUGGAGGAAGAAGAGUAAGACACCAACAGAAAAGAAAAGAAGAUCUCUAAGGAUUGGAGGAGAUGUGUUUGAGUUUACUUUCAAUGCUGAUGAAGAGGGAAUAACAAAGAAAUCCAGAAGAAAGAGAACAAGACGUACAAAGCGAGAAAAACCUAAGCCUAGAACAAAGCCAACACUUCUGACUACAGAUCCAAGUUGGCAGACGAGCAUUCUAGCACCCAAAUUUUGUAGACCUGUAGGGGAGGAGUCAACAAGGUUAAGUGGGAAAGAAUCUAUGAGAGAGGAUGGAAAUGAAAAUUCUAGGAUUAGAGAGAAUGGAAAGGCAAGAGGCAAUGAAUCAGAAAGAACAAAUGUUGCAGUAGAAUAUGAUUAUGAUGAUUAUUUUGAUACACAUGAUACUGAAGAUGUAUUUGAAGGAUUUGAAGGAGAAACUGCAAGUUCAUUUGUACCUGGUCCAGCAGGUUCUCCGGUAACUAUGCCAAUGGUAUCGGCUAGUACACUACCUACUCCAGCCAUAUCAAAACACAUGUCCAAAUAUAUUGGAGGCUCAUCAACUCCAAGGGUAGAGAAUAUGGUAUCUUUGACUGUUGAUGAACCACUGCCACCCAAAGAGGUCAAAGAAGAUAUUGCUGUGUGUUUUGGUUUUGAUGAUGAAAUUGAGGUUGAGGAAAGUGGAUUAAAUCUUUCUCCAGUCCAGAGAACAGGCCAAAAUUCACAACUCCAAAUUACAAAUAUGACAGAUAGCUUUAUGUCAUAUUGCCAGCCACCUAAUCAGUCUUCGGUCAUGCCCUCCCGUUUUUCCUGGAGUCGUCUUCGCCCUGGUGUGAAAAGUUACUCGUCCAUAAGUUGUUCAGCUAGCAUGAUAGCUCAUGGUCGCAGCACAACCACAAUGUCCGUUUCACAAAUGUCCAAUGUAAGUCAGAACUCAAGAUCAAGAGUUAGGAAAGGUCCAAGAACCAAGCCUGUUGUCAAAAAGCCAACUGAAGCCAGUAUUAACAGACCCAAGAGACAGGUUAACAUAAAGAACAAUGAAGAAAAAGAGCAGGAGACUGUUGGAAAUGUGUCACUUCUUUUUGAAGAGGAAGAGGGUACAGAGCGCCAGCUGACACUGGAUGAGAUGUUACUCAAUCAAGUCCCACAGAAGGAACAAUUAUCUUCAUCUGGCCAAGAAUAUGAUGCCAGGCAGCUAGGAAAUUCACCGGAAAAAUCAUUUUCUAAGCCAGCAAGAAAAUCUUAUGACAGAGGAGUCUUAGAAGAAAUAAGGAAGAAAUUCGUAAAGGAAUAUGGAGGAGGGGAUACAGCAACAGAAACAGAGGAUGAGGAUACCUCUCCUGAGAAGCCAAAGAGAAAGAAGAAGCCUCAGACAAAGAGGGCACCCAAGAAGAGCAAGAAAGUGGACGCUAAUAGUUCACAGUCAAGCAAUGACUCCUCGAUAUCGGACACAUUCACUUCUGGCAAAGGAAAGGUCUUGAAGAAGAAGAAGAAAGUGAAUAGUGUUUUUGAGCGAUCCAUGGACGAAUGGGCAUCAGAUUUAAAUAGCCACUUCAGUGAAGUAGAAGACUGUGAGCUGGUGAUAUUGUAAUCUGAAGCACAAGAAGUUUUGCUUAAGAUAAGGGAAUGAUAUGAAAUACUUACUAAAUUAAGUGCUGUAUCAAUAUUGUGUUUGUAAAAAAAAGUUUUUGAUAGUAGUAUUCAUAGCUUCAUAUUUUAUAAUGGAUGGCUACUGCAAUGUCUCUGUCAAAUGUGCUUUAGUGUUUUGUUGUUUUUCUUCAUUGAUAUUGAAAAGUCAAACAAAAUCAUUCUGAGUUGAGGCAUUGUGGUAUCAUUUUUUCCAUAGAUGUACAAAGAGAAAAUUAAUUUUGUAUACAGAGAUAAGUGGCUUGACCUGUUUUUAGGCUUUCAUUAUAUAAUUAAUAGAUCAAUUACAUUUUGUGUUAUCAACAAUUUAUGAUCUCGGCUAGUUCUCCAUAGAAGGAUUUUUUCCCAGUUUUAUACUUUUUAGAUAUUCCAUUUUGUUUCUGGUAAGCAGUAUGACUUACAGAUUUGGAAAUGUCAUCUCCAGCUGUACCUUAAACAUAUUUUAGGCUCCUUGUAACCUGUAUCUUUUUAUUGUACAUACUUAACCUCAUAUAUAAGCAUAGGUAUCUGGACUUCCUUUCGGGUUGCUUGCAUGCAGUUCAGAUCAGUAGAAUAUUGAUAGUGAAAUAUCAAAAAAAGUUGUACUUUCUGCAGGGAGUGUAUACAUUAAACUAAAAUUAGCUAUUUGAAAUAUCUGAACAAAUAAUGUUUGUCAGUGUUAGUUAUAUUGAGAUGUUGGUAAAAGUCAUUGUAUAGUUCUGUUGUGUGUUUUUGUUUUGGAGAAAUAUGCCAAAGUUUUUAUUCUCAAGUGAAAAAAAA